AUGGGCAAGGCGGGCAGGUGGCUGAGGAACUUCUUCCUGCCGGGGAGGAAGGGGAGGAAGGCCAGCGACCGGGCGGACACCGACUGCCAGUCGGUGCUGUCGGCGCCGUUGCCGACGCAGGCGGCGACGCCGUCCGUGAGGGAGAAGAGGCGGUGGAGCUUCCGGCGGCCGGGGUCGGCGACAGGCAAGGCCGACGAGGGCGCGUCCGGCGGCCAGGGGCCACAGGGCCCGCUCGCGUCCUCGUCGUCGCACUGCUUCUCGGAGGCCGAGGUGCACGUCGUGGUGGUGCAGGACGACCAGCACGCCGUCGCCGAGGCCGCGAACACCGCGGCACCGGUCGCGUCGCUCCCGCCGCCGGCGCCGGCGAGGGGCUGCGAAGAUGAGGAGGACGCGGCGGCGAUCAAGAUCCAGUCGGCCUUCCGAUCGUACCUGGCGAGGAAGGCGCUGUGCGCGCUGCGGGGGAUGGUGAAGCUGCAGGCGAUGGUGAGGGGGCAGCUGGUGCGGCGGCAGGCGAACGUGACGCUCCGGCGGAUGCAGGCGCUCGUCGACGCCCAGAGGCGCGCGCGGGCCGAGCGGCUGCGGCUCCUCGAGGAGGAGGACGCCAGGCACCAGCUCGCCAACACCAACACCACGCCGCGGCAGCCGCCGAGCCGGCGCUCGCUGCGGCACCCACGGUCCCGCAAGCCAUUGGUAAGCAACGCCAUUGUUAAUUGGAAGCAAUGCAUAUGGUGGGAGAAGAUCACGACGCGCGGUUGGGUUUUCUUGCAGGAGGCGGUGGAGAGGGGCACCGAGGAGAGCGUCAAGAUCGUGGAGGUGGACGACGCCGGCGUGGCGCAGGGCGGGCGGAGCAGCAGCUUCUGCUACUCGACGACGCCGGGCCGCACGCCGGCGAAGGCCGAGCUGUACCAGAAGGUGUCGCCGACGCCGUCGGCGCUGACGGACGUGAGCGCGCGGACGCUCAGCGGCCGGUUCGACGACGCGUCCUUCAGCUCCGCGUGGGAGCCGCCCCGGCGCGGUAACGCGGCGUGGCGCGCCGACCACCGCGCGCCGGCGCCGUUCGCGACCGCGUCCCCGAACUACAUGGCGAACACGGAGUCGUCGCGCGCCAAGGCGCGGUCGCAGAGCGCGCCGAGGCAGCGCCACUCGUCGGCGUCCGAGUCCGCGGCGGCGGCCUCGCCGUCCCCGUCGUGCUGCGAGCCGCGGCCGCCGAGCCGGGGCGGGAGCGGCGCCGCGCGGCGCAGGGCGUCGCUGGACCCGCUGGACCUGCCCGCCGCGCCCCGGAGCUCCGCGGGGCGCAUGGAGCGGUGCGCGUCGCGGGCGAUGGCGCUGGUCCGCGCGAGCGUGGGCGCCGGCGCGUCGCUCCCCGGCAGCGAGUGCGGGUCGUCGAGCACCGUCGGUCACCGCGGCAGCGCGCAAGGGGCAUGGCAUGGAUGGCCAUCUCACCAGUCAUAG